UGUUGUCAUAUUGCAAAUUGCUAAGAUACUUUCAAUUACAUCAUAUUGAGCCUUAGUACUCGGUGUAAUUGUUACAGUUCAGCCUGUCUAAUAUGGCGGCGUCAUUGACGUAUCUGAAAACUAGAAGCGCGGCGAAGGUCUCUGGGUUUUCGUUUCCGCCAGUUUGUGGGUAAAUAACAGCUGUCACCUGCAUGACAGCGGCUGACAACAAUGCGGGGCAUUCAGAGAAGGAAUAUACGCUUCAGCCUUGCGCACAUUUCACGUUUUUGAUGACAUUUCUUGGUUUAAUCUAAAAGGCCGGGGCUUUGUUUACAUCUGACAGGCAAGCCACGCGGUAUCUGGACACUUCCUGUUGCGGAAACACCGCCCCUGCAGCUGUCAGCUCAGCAGUCACGCCUUCUGUUAACCGGCUUCGUUGUAAACUUACGUUUGUUCUUCUCUCAACAAAGUUUAAAAGUUACCAUCGUCAGGAAGUGGGGUCCGGGCGUUUUGAAUGCACCCAACGGCGACGAGCGAGGUAAACAUAAUCACGCAAAGAGCGGCAUAGGGUGGAGGUUUAGCGCCAAUUUAAAUGAACUCCUCCCUGACGUCAGAGCUUCGACUCAUCUGUUCUGGACAAGGCGCGAGCUCAGCUCAGACUACCGAACAAAGCCGCGAGGAGUCCAAGCUGCAGCCACGCGCUCAUAUUUCUUUAUUGGUACGGAAAAGAGUGAACUUCAAGGGCGCGAGCCUAAGGUUGGCUCUGAACGUCUCAGCGGCCACUGAGAGGAUAAUGCGGGGACAACAGGAAGAGAAGGAACCGAAGUGUGCCGCUGUCGGGGCUCCCAGGGACAAAACAGUUCGGCCCAGAAAGAGGAAGGCAGAUGUUGCUAUUUUUUUACAAGACCUGGAUGAAGAUGUAAAAGACAUGACAAAGAAAAAGCACCGCGAGUCUGAGGUGAGCUGCAGUCUUGAUUUGGAUUGCACGAGUCCCCAGAGCUGGACCUCCCCGCCUCAUCAGGAGGAGGACGCCCCGGUUUCCCUGACCAGUGCGGGCCUCUUUCACUACAACUUUCCCAACAUCUUCGUGACGCCGGUUCACUGCACUCCGCUCCCCGUGCUGUGCUGGGCCAGUAAGGAUGUGGUGUGGAGCAACAUGCUGGAGAAGGACAGGACCUACACCAGGGACGUCCACAUGCUGGAGAAGCACCCUCACCUCCAGCCCAAGAUGAGGGCCAUCCUCUUGGACUGGCUCAUGGAGGUGAGCGAGGUGUACAAACUGCACCGAGAGACUUAUCAUCUGGCUCAAGACUACUUUGAUCGCUUCAUGGCCACACAGAGGAACAUCUACAAGUCAACACUACAGCUCAUUGGCAUUACGUGUCUCUUCAUUGCAGCCAAAGUGGAGGAGAUGUAUCCUCCAAAGGUCCACCAGUUUGCCUACGUUACAGAUGAAGCCUGCACAGAAGAACAGAUUCUCAGUAUGGAGAUCAUCAUUAUGAAGGAGUUAAACUGGAGUCUCAGUCCACAGACUCCCAUCUCUUGGCUCAACGUCUACAUGCAGGUCGCCUACCUGAAAGAGUCAGAGGAGCUGCUGCUCCCCAGAUACCCCCAGGAGACCUUCACUCAGAUUGCAGAGUUACUGGACCUGUGUAUGCUUGAUGUGAGGUGCCUGGAGUUUUCCAAUGGCAUCAUUGCUGCGUCUGCACUGUUUCACUUUUCCUCUCUUGAGCUGGUGGAAAAUGUCUCAGCUCUGAAGCGGGUCGAGCUCGAGGAGUGUGUGAGGUGGAUGGUGCCGUUUGCCAUGGUGCUGCGAGAGACCGGCGGCUCACAGAUGAAAACCUUCCCAGGAAUCCCUGCAGACGACAUGCACAACAUCCAAUGCCACGCUUCCUACAUUACAUGGCUGGACAAGGCCUACUCGUACCGGGAUGUGGAUCUGCAGAGUCACAGCAGCUGUCCUGUUCCCUGCGGCGUCCUCACUCCACCUCUGAGCAGUGAAAAAGUGGAAGAGCUGAAUGGAGCAGAAGCUGCAGGAGCAAAAAUCAGACCAAGGAUGUGCAUGUCUUCCCCCCAGACCCACCUUCCCCAUUAGAAAGACAGGACUUCUCGCCUUUAGCUGGGACUGAAAGAAAGGCAACUUAGGCAAGACCUAUGCUAUAAUGUGGGAUAUGAAAGGUUGUCGGUACUUGUGUGGAGAGAUAAACUUAAGGUAUCAGUUCUCUCUGCCUGUCCUGCCAGGAACGUCGUCCACUCAGCUCCCCGGUCUGCAAGCUAAAGACAGCGUAUCAGGAUUGCUUCUGCAUUUAGUUCCUAUGCUUGUUCUCUAUGCAGGGAUCUUAUGGAGUUGAUCUUUUACAGGUUUUUCUACUUGAUUGUGUGCAUGAGUUUACCAGUGAUUGGUGUGUGUAUCAUUUUUAUUAGACUUUUUUUUUUUUUUUUUUUUCAUUACCAUUUUUCGUCUCAUUUGCCCAAUAACUAUUUCUAGGGUCAUAUUUGGUCCUAUGUGCUGCUAUAAUGUGGGCUUUGCAUGAUGGGAAAUGUCUGUGUGCAAGUAAUGGCAUGUUAUUUUCUCUAAUUUUCUUAUUGGCUGAAAGGUAGCCAUGUUUUUUUUUUUUUUUUUUUUUUUUUUUUUCGGGGGGGGGGACCAGUAGCUUGGCUACCUUAAAGGACAAGUGAACCAGCCAGGCUUUAAAAGCUACAAAAUUAAUUUUAUUUAAUUGAAUUUUUAUAUUUUUUAACUUUUUUUUUUCCUCUUUUUUUUUUUUUUUUUUCCCCUGUCAAAAUGUCAGAUUUCUAUUUUCUUUUUUAUAUAUGUAAAUUGCUGCUACAUAAUUUACAUUAAAAGGUUCUUAAGAUUGUUGUGA